CAAAUCCCACAGCUGUCAACAUACAUUUUUAUUCAUAUCCAUAUAUACAAUGCAAUGCGGAUCCUUUUUUUCUUCCAUUGACCCGAAAAGUUAAACCGUCACUCUACCUCCCCUUCGCCGCCUCUACUACCAAACCAUCAAAAUAUCUAUUAUUUUCCGGCCAAAUCUCUCUCUUAUCUUCAUCUAUUCCGUGCAGUUUCCAGUAUCGAAUUGUUAGUUUUCCGGCAAAAUUUCAUUGCAUUUUCUCUCAACUGCGUUUAUUCCGUACAGAUUACGGUAGGUUAUCUAUAUCUCACAAACUAGCAAUCUAGCAUAUAUCGGUCACGGUGUAUGUAUGCUAAUCAGGUAAGGAAUACUGAUUGUAGGAGAAUCAUGUCUGCUCCUGAUGACAAUAUCACGUCUGAUCAUACACAGCUUGCAUCACACUUCUUUGGUGAACUUCUAGACUCUGUGAUAAUGGACGUUGCAUCUGAGUGUCAUCGAAUUGCAAGAUUAGGGCUUGACCGUAAUCUAGAUGAUGAGGAAGAAGAGUUGAGGUUAUCUGCAGAAGCAAGGGCCAGAAUAGCAGAUCCAAGUAACAGUGAAGUAAAUAGCAAAUACGUGGUUGACAUAUUCGGUCAAACACAUCCUGCUGUAGCUGCUGAAAUAUUUGAUUGCAUGAAUUGCGGCCGAUCUAUUGUUGCUGGAAGAUUUGCUCCUCAUUUAGAGAAAUGCAUGGGGAAGGGAAGGAAGGCGCGAGUUAAAGCAACAAGAAGUAGUACUGCUGCUGCUGCUCACAACCGGUAAUAUAGUUAUAGCUUAUCCCAUUAUUAAGAAACUUGAAAGAUUAUGGAUCUGACCCCUUUUCUUGUGAAACAUUUUUACUAUCAUUAAUCUGUGGUUUAAUAAUUCCUUUUUUGAUAUACAUUGUAGCUAUUGUGCAUAA